AGAAGAGCAGAGUUGGGACUGGGACUACUUCAUGAAGAGGAGCCCGGAGGUGCCGCAUGGAUGUGAAGUCACAGACCCAGGGGGGACGGGGGUGUUCUGGAAAAGUUGCAAAAAGGUUCCUAAUCAUGAAGAACCAGGCAAGAUUCCUCAAAACAGCUUCGCCCUUCUAAGGAAUGGAUGAGCCAAGAGCUGGUGUAGACCCGAUAGCAGAGGAACCUGGAUCUUCUCCUCUAGCGUUUGCUAAAAUGACUCGCCCGGUAGUGACCUGUGACGUCCAUGAUGCCAAGCGAAGCAAGAGACAAGAAGAUCAAAGCUCCGAACUCAUAGAAAACCUCCACGAAGAGGGCUAUCUGCAUGAUAAAACUUCUCAAGAUGGACCCGUGAAGGCGAAGGGGCAAGAAGUUCUUAAUGAUCCUUAUGAGAUAGACAUAGAGACUCUAAAGGCCGACCUUUGCAUCUCCAACCAUAGUAUGGACUUGUGUGUGACCAUCGCUGAAGAGAAUGUAGCUGCUAGUGGCCAUGUUGAACCUGGACCAUCUCAUCUGAUAGAUAGGGUUGACUCGCUUUAUGGUUUGCCAAGGGCUUCGUCUGGUUCUGGCGAAUCUCAGGUUGAGGACGAUGAUGAUCUUGAGAAAAAUCUUGAAGGAAAUGAGACAAAGGAGCCGGUAGAGUCCUCCAAACUUUUACUAGAGGAGGACGACCAUGAGCAGGAGGAAUGUCCCAUAUGCACAGAGCUAUAUGAUACCACCAAGCACAAGCAGUCCUUGCUCCACUGCAACCAUGUCUUUUGUGACGACUGUAUCAGAACCAUGGUCAACACCGCUAAUCGCACCAACCUCUGCCGGGUGAUAUGCCCGAUCUGUCGGCAGACUACUCCCAUGUUGGAAUGGGAGGUCCAUAAGAUGCAGGAGCAGAUGAUGGAAAGUGGAGGUGUCUGCAUUGUGCCGGACUAUGUGCCUGCGCAGGCGCUGGUCAGAAGACCUGGACUGUGCGGAGCUCUGGAGUACAGGUUCCACAAACGCUUCCGAAGUGGACGUCUUUUCCUCUUCCCGCCCUGUCUCCGGAAUCCGCAGGGGUUAAUGACCCGGCUGACCAGGCUGGAGCAUCGCUGCCGCUGCUUGUACCUUUUUGCUUUGAUGUUUUUGCUCUUUGCUGAGUUUUUCUGCUUUCUUUUCCUGUUUCUGCCGAUUCUGGUGUUUAUUUUGAUGAUUCUUUUUGGCAAGUGAGACAAUAAAGCCACGUUGGAUAUCGCUUUCUAGUCACCGCUUACCCUGGUUGAGACGGAACCAUACCUUCAGGCUGAUGUCUGCCAAACCCGCCCAUUUAGGCGCAAUCGGUUGACCAACGAGCUAAUUGCCGCCUGACCCUUUUGUUCUCACGGAGAUAACCUGCUGCCAGAAGUGUCUGGCAUUGGCUUUCUUCCCUCUCUUCAUUCAGGACACAUGCAUGCUCAGCCGAGCCUAGGGUGUAUGUGUAUGGAGGGAGCUGGGAGUGAAAGUGUGUGGCCAGCCUUGUUCCUAUGUCCACUGGACUUAAAGGGCAUCUGUCAGCAGUUUUGUACCUAUGCAACUGGCUGACCUGUUGGCAGCUGAAGACAUCUGUGUUGGUCCCGUGUUCGUAUGUGCCUUCAUUUCUAAGAAAAAUUAUGUUUUAAUGUAUGCAAAUAAGCCUCUAGGAGCAAUGGGGGUGUGGCCGUUACACCUAGCGGCUCCGAUCUCUCUGCACUUUCACUGACAGGACCAGGCAGUAAACAAGUCAUAACACCAAGCCCUGUGCAGAGGGCGCAGCAGUUUCAGAGAGAGCAGAGCCUCUAGGUGUAAUGGUAACGCCCCCGUUGCUCCUAGAGGCUCAUUUGCAUAUAUUAAAACAUAAUU